AUGAGCUCUGAGAAUACAAAAAAGUGCAGUGAAUCAACAAUAACAAGUGGGGAAUCAUUCAUCGAUGAUUAUUCUCAUCUGCGUUUCUCUUAUUACCAGGAUGGAGAUCCGAAUACAACCCUACAAUCGAAUUCAAGUUUCGUCACAGCGAACGACACCAUACAAACUUUUGUCAGCGAUAUUUCUGUGAACGAGAGGCGAGAACGUGUUGAUAUCCCGGAACUGCCGCACCCUGCUUUUACCAUGGCGGCCAUAAUAGCAUCUGCGUCGAAUAGAAUGAACGCUGGCAACAUGCAGUUCAAAUAUGCUGACAAAAUUGAAACUGCGAAAACGGAAACUGAGGCGCUCACUUUUUCUCCAUCGCGCCGUUCUACUAUGUGCCCUAAAAAGAAGUAA